AUGGGGAAUGAGAGUGAGGCUCAAGUCUUAGGAGAAGGCCAAAUAAAACUGGAAUUGUCUUUUGAAAAUUUUCUUGUAUUAGAUGGAGUCUUUCAUGUUCAUUCUAUUAGGAAAAAUUUAAUUAGUGCAUCUUUGUUAGAUCAACAUGAUUUUAGACUUGUUCUUGGUUCUAAUAAAGUUGUUAUUAGUAAACAUGGUAAUUUUAUUGGUAAAGGUUAUUUUGUUCUUGGUUCCAAUGAAGUUGUUAUUAGUAAACAUAGUAAUUUUAUUGGUAAAGGUUAUUUGGUUGAUGGACUUUAUAAGUUGAAUGUAAUGCCUUCUUCUAUUAAUGCAGUUUCUUUUGCUUCUGUUAUUAAUAUUGAAUAUGAACCUAAAACAUAUAAUGAUGCUAUGAUUUCUGUUGAUGCUCCAUUUUGGAAAGAAGCAAUUAAGGGCGAGAUGGAUUCUCUUACUUCUAAUAAAACUUGGGUUUUAUAUGAUCUUUCACCUGAAGAAACUAAAUCAACUAGUGGUUAUGUUUUUACCAUUAGCGGUGGUGCAGUCUCAUGGAAGUCUACAAAACAAACAAUUAUUUCUUGCUCUACUAUGAAAGUAGAAUUAAUGGCUCUAGAUGCUGCUAGUACUGAAGCAGAGUCUGAAAGUAAUGUUGCGGAUUUGCUCACUAAAGGACUGGCAUGCCAACAAAUUCUUCAAACAUUGAGGGGAAUGGGAUUGAAGCCUAUAAAAUUGCUCUUGGAGGGUUCACCUAGUGAGUGUGGUGGUGGGGUCACCACUGUGAAAAUUCAGUUGCUGCUGCUGCUUCUUCUAAACAGCCAGUGUCAUGGUGAUGAGAGCUCCGCCUUGUUGCAAUUCAAGGAAAGCCUCAUCCUUGACAGUUCUGUUUCUUCUGGUCCAAAUGCACAUCCAAAGGUGAAAGCAUGGAACACUAAUGGUAGUGACUGUUGCUUAUGGGAAGGCGUUGAAUGCGAUCAGGCCACUGGUUAUGUGAUUAACCUUGACCUAAGCAGUAGCUGGCUUCAUGGUUCAAUCAAUUCCAGUUGCAGCCUCUUCCGCCUUGUUCAUCUUCAUAGUCUCAAUCUUGCUGAUAAUGACUUCAAUCAGUCCAUGAUUCCUCCUGAAUUUGGUAACUUUUCUGGGUUGAAUCAGCUCAAUCUUUCUCUCUCUGCCUUUUCUGGUCAAAUUCCACAAGAAAUCUUGAAGCUGUCAAAAUUAGAGUCACUUGAUCUCUCAGGAAAUGUAUUGCAGCUCCGAAAUCCAGACCUGGGAAGUCUAGUUGACAUGUUAACUAACUUGAAGCAACUUCAUUUAGGUGAAGUUGACAUAUCUUCUACCAUUCCUCAUUCCCUGGCGAACUUUUCUUCCUUGACAUCUCUAGUUCUUGAAGAUUGUGGCCUCUAUGGAGACUUUCCUACAGGAAUUUUCCAGCUGCCUAAUCUUCAACUUCUCAACAUAAACUCUAAUCCUUUUCUCACAGGAUAUUUGCCAGAAUUUAACCAAAGCAGCCUUCUUGAAUUGCUUUUUGUGGGGAACACCAGCUUUUCUGGUAAUCUACCAUAUUCAAUUGAUAGCCUUAAGUCAUUGCAUCAUCUGGACGCAAGUAAUUGCCAGUUUUCGGGUCUAGUUCCGUCUUCACUAGCAAACCUUACUCAGCUAACUUACCUCUCACUUGCGUUUAAUAACAUGAGCAGUUGGACCUUUUCUUGGCUUGAUAAACUAACCAAACUCUCUUAUUUGGAUUUAGACCAAACCAAUUUAUAUGGAAACAUCCCAGCCUCAUUUCAGAACCUGAGUCGGCUUUCUGCAAUACGCAUUCGUACAAAUCAACUAACAGGUCGAUUUCCAUCUUGGCUAGGGAACCUUACCCAAUUAACAGUAUUGGCACUUUCAGAGAAUAACAUGUAUGGUCCUGUCCCAGAGUCAGUUUCUUGGCUCACCAAUCUUCAAAUUUUUGAACUAGUAUCUAAUUCCUUUAGUGGCACUCUAAAAUUUGACAUGUUUCUAAACAUGAAAUCCCUCUGGGACCUCCAGUUAACAGAUAACAGCUUGUCAGUAAUUUUUAAUCCUAAUACCAAUGCCACUGUUCCACAGUUAAACAUUUUAGGACUAGGUUCCUGCAACUUGACUGAAUUCCCAGACUUUUUGCGUGGCCAAGAUCAACUGGGGUUUUUAGUCCUUUCUGGCAACAACAUUCAUGGUAAGAUACCUAAAUGGAUGCUGAAUGUAAGUAAGGAAACUCUUUGGUCUUUAGAACUGAGCUCCAACUUUCUAACAGGUUUUGAGGAACCUCCAGCACUUCUUCCCUGGGCUAGUCUUAUGGUUCUGUACCUUUCAUCUAACAAUCUGCAAGGUCCACUACCAAUUCCACCACCUUCUAUGGUUUAUUAUAAUUUUUCAAACAAUCAAUUGACAGGGGAAAUUUCAGAAAUGAUCUGCAAUUUAACUUCUCUUUCAGUCCUUGAUUUGUCCAAUAAUAAUCUGAGUGGCCUGCUUCCGCAGUGCUUAGGCUACUUAGGCAAUUCUUUAUUAAUACUAAAUCUACGGAACAAUAGCCUUGGUGGCGCCAUCCCUCCAACAUACACCAAGGAAUGUCAACUGACAUUAGUUGAUUUUAGCCAGAAUCAGAUGGAGGGGCAAAUACCAAGAUCAUUGGCCAAUUGUACCAGGCUAGAGACUCUUGAUCUCGGAGACAAUAUGAUACAUGAUACCUUUCCGUCCUGGUUAGGCACUCUGCCAGAGUUAAGGGUUCUCAUUUUGCGAUCAAAUAGGUUCUAUGGUGCAAUAGGAAAACCUGAACAAACCCAAAUUGACUUCCCUAAAUUGCAUAUCAUUGAUCUUUCCUUCAAUAGUUUUACAGGGAAGUUACCAUCUCAACAAUUUGAGAAUUGGGUUGCCAUGAAAGAUUUGGGUUCAGAUCAGUUGGCCUAUUUGCAGUCAAAUACAGGUUUCAAAGUACAUUCCUUUACAUGGAGAGGUUCAUUGAAUUUGACGUGGUCAGACUCAUAUGAUCAUUCAGUGACAGUGUCAAACAAAGGCAUAUUGACAGAAUAUACAAAAAUUCUCGAGUUCUUUACAGCCGUUGAUCUCUCAAGCAACAAAUUUGAAGGUGACAUUCCUCCAGUCAUUGGGACUUUGAAAGCACUUCUCCUGCUAAAUCUUUCCAACAAUGAUCUUACUGGUAAAAUCCCACCAGAGCUGGGAGAAAUGACGUCGAUCGAAUCUUUAGACCUUUCUGGAAACAAGCUCUCAGGAGAGAUACCUAAACAGCUGACACAACUCACUUUUCUGGCAUUCUUGAAUGUAUCAUAUAAUCGUCUCGCAGGUCCAAUACCACAAGGGAACCAAUUCAGUACCUUCGAAAACAAUUCAUUCGAGGGGAAUUCUGGGCUUUGCGGACAACCUCUGUCAAAGGAAUGUGGUGGAAACCAGCCACCAUAUUUAACCUCCCAAGAAGAUGAAGGCUCGGACACUGCAUUUCGUUUCACAUGGGGGAUAAUUGCGGCAGGAUUUGCAUUUGGGUUCAUGAUGGGAGGAUUGAUGGGUCACAUUGCUUUUGAGAGGAAGAAAGAGUGGUUGAUGAAGACAUUCAGAGUGAGGCAGAAGAAAAGACGCUUGGAAAUAAGAGGACACAAUAACAGGAUCUGA